AUGAGUAAUAAUUUAUUCAACGUUCUCAACUUCUCCGACACAGAAGAAGUCCCAGAAUAAUAAUAAUAGAAAAAGUCUAAGAAAAAUAAUAACAAUAAGGUAUAGGUUAUCCCAGUUGAAGAUAUACAAAAAGAAAAUACUAAACACAAUAAUCUCACCCAAAAAUAAAAAGGUGUUCCAGCUGAACCACAUCCAAAAGAUAGAGGGUCUGGAAUGGAAGAGGCAAAAAAUAACGAAAAGAAGGUGGUGGUAGAAAUAAUUGGGAAAAUUACAAAGAUGACCUCAAAGAAGAAAAAUAUGUUGCAAAAGAAAAAAAGCCAUAAGAUGCAACUAAAGAAGAAUAAAAUGAAUAAACAACAUAACCAAUUCAACCCCAGCUCCAUAAAAGAUACUUUCUGA